AUGCCAAUCGUAUCUAUACCUGAGAAGGUUUUAUUUCAAAGACUCGUUGAGAGCGGGUUCGAGGAUCUCUGCUUUGCCUAUGGUUUGGAACUUGAUGAAAUCACCUCAGAACAAGAAUUGGCUGCUCGUGAACAUGGCACAACAAUUGUUCCGAAUGAAAUCUCUGAGAAAAUUUACAAAGUUGAAGUGCCAGCUAAUCGAUAUGAUCUACUUUGUGCUGAAGGACUUACGCGAGCUCUGCUCAUCUUUCAAAACAUGUUCAAAUCUCCCAUUUAUAAAGCAAUUAAACCAAGCCAAAUCAUUCAAAUGACUACAAAAUUGGUGCGUCCAUUCGUAGUUGCUGCCAUUCUGAGGGACAUAACCUUCAGUGAAAAGAGUUUUGCGAGUUUUAUUGAUCUACAAGACAAAUUGCACCAAAACAUUGGCAGAAAGCGCAGUUUGGUCGCUAUUGGAACCCACGACUUGGACACGCUGAAGCCCCCAUUCGUGUACACUGCUUUGCCACCGAAGGAUAUUCGUUUCAAGCCACUGAAUCAGACCCAGGAAUUUACAGCUGAAGAACUGAUGGAGCUCUACUCCAAAGAGUCGCAUUUGAAGCCCUACUUGGAGAUAAUUCGUGGCAAACCUGUUUUCCCAGUGAUUACAGAUGCCAACGGAGUUGUCUUGUCUAUGCCUCCCAUCAUUAAUGGUGAACAUUCUAAGAUUUCCGUGUCAACUAAGAACGUGUUCAUUGAAUGUACAGCGACGGACCUAAACAAGGCCAGUAUUGUGUUAGACACAAUUGUCUCCAUGUUCUCUGAGUACUGCUCUGAGCCUUUCACGUGA